GUGGCAUAGCAGCUUGAGUCGAGAGCUCUACUCGGAACAGUCAUCCAGCGAAUCUCUCUGACAGAGGAUAACUUUCUACGCUUUGCUAUCGUUUCCUUGAAGAAAAUACAUAUUUUUACGCUCUAGCUAUAUAUAGGCUUAGGGCUUGCAGAAAAGAGACAUCCGACGGACAGCUUUUUGGAGCGCUCUACGAAAAUAAAAAGAUACGGAAUUCCCAACGUUCGAUUCAUUCUGAAGCGACAAAAUUGGCUACAAUCUAUGGUUUGAUUCGGGGCGUUUUUUAAACAAAACUGAUACAUUUUAGUUUAUGUGAAUUGUUUGGACAGGUGGUGAUCGUAAAAUAUCACGGUGCGAAAUCAGUCUGAUUGGCAACAGUUGCUGUUGAGCUAUAGAUGUCAUCUGUGAAACUAGUAGGCCUACGUGCGUUUGCUGACAACUUUCUGAAUGCUUCAAUUCAUUGAUCAGUAGUAUCAACCAGCGACCUAAAGAGUUGCUGAAAACAAGCUAACACGUCAUCAGACUUCAGGUUGCAAGAAGGGGAUUUAAUUCAGAGGACAUGGGAUCUACAAAAUCAGGGGGUGUAAUAGCGUACAUCAGCUCCUCCAGCCCCGAGUCAUGUCAUAGUGACUCAAAUGACUGCAACUACAACUCCUCCCACAGCUGUCGCCAGGGCAAUGUGGUGAACACGUCCCUAACCAUGGCAGGUCUCACCCUCCCGCUGGCCCACACUAUUGCGAAGCCAGGACGCUCGGCCUCCACUGUAAAAUGCGACAUUACUAAAAUCAAUGGCUUGGUGCUGCUGUGUAAGGUGUGUGGAGACAUUGCAUCUGGAUUCCACUAUGGGGUCCAUGCCUGUGAGGGCUGCAAGGGUUUCUUCCGUCGGAGCAUCCAGCAGAACAUCCAGUAUAAGAAGUGCCUGAAGAACGAGAGCUGUGCCAUCAUGAGGAUCAACAGGAACCGCUGCCAGCAGUGUCGCUUCAAGAAGUGUCUGCUGGUCGGCAUGUCCAAGGAUUCUGUGCGUUUUGGUCGCAUCCCAAAGCGUGAGAAGCAGCGCAUGCUACUAGAGAUGCAGAGUGCCAUGAACAACAUGAUGAAUAACAGCCAGCUACACGGCAACACACCCCUCCCCCUGGCAAAUCAGCUUCAGGCGCCAGCCUGCCCCAUGGAGCCCCGCCCCCAAUAUGUUGACUCUGGCCUAGGCGCCGCCUCUUCCUCCUCCACCUCUCCCGCCGCUUCCCCCGGGUCCAACCAAUCUGAGGAGACCAGCUCUGACCGCGAGCCUGUGGUCGCCAUGAAUACAAAUCCCAGCCCUAACUCAGUGUCUCCGUCGAGUGCUUCAGACUGCGUGUCAGAGGAUGUGAUUGGCUCGGUGACCCGGGCCCACCAGGAGACCUUUAUGUACAACCAGGAGCAAGGUAGCCCCUCCCCCCAGUCCCAGGCCGACACCCAGCUGACCUCCCCAGGGGCGGAGCAACAUGUCAGUGACACUGGAAAGAGGAUGGAGGAGAGGAACCAGAACCAGCAGGAGGCCUGGAACCAGCAGAACCAGCAGAACCAGAACCAAAAUGACCUGGCCCCUCUCACAGCCACUCAGGCUCAGGAGAGGCCCACCAACACUGGGCCUCAGGGCCCUGACAGCUACCAUCGCCAUGAGGACCACACCACCACCCCCAGCCAGAACCACUGCCCCUACAGCAGAGACAGACUGCCCACCAGCUCCCCUAGUGGCCACUGCCCAGCCUACGCCCACAAUGGCCUGAGAGGAGGCAACAACAGCACUAGCCAGGCCACCUCCAACUCCCAUGGAGGAUUCAGUGGACCAAUGUGGAGCGGGGGCAACAGGAUGCAUCUGCUGUGUCCCAUGAACACGUCUCCCCAUGUGAACCCCCAUAAGUCAGGCCAUGGGAUCUGGGAGGAGUUCAGCCACAGUUUCACCCCGGCCGUCAGGGAGGUGGUGGAGUUUGCCAAGCGGAUCCCAGGCUUCAGAGACCUCUCCCAACAUGACCAGGUCAACCUGCUCAAGGCUGGUACCUUUGAGGUGUUAGUGGUGCGCUUUGCGUCCCUGUUUGACGUGAAAGACCGCACAGUGACGUUCCUGGGUGGUAACAAGUACAGUGUGGAGACGUUACGAGCCAUGGGCGCCGGCGACUUCCUGACCUCCAUGAUGGACUUCAGCGACAAGCUGAUGGGGCUCGGCCUCAGUGAGGAGGAGAUGAGCCUGUUCACCGCUGUCGUCCUCAUCUCUGCCGAUCGCUCAGGGAUUGAGAACGUGAACUCUGUGGAGGCUCUUCAGGAGACUCUGAUCCGGCACCUGAGGGGCCUCAUCACUAAGAACCACCCCAACGAGUCAGCCAUAUUCACCAAGCUGCUCCUCAGACUGCCCGACCUCCACUCCCUCAAUAACAUGCACUCUGAGAAGCUGCUGGCCUUCAAGGUCCAUCCCUAGACCAGAACCAAGGUCUGAACCUGGGGUGUAUUCAUUAGGCACCAAAUGGAAGAACAUUUACUGAAAUGGGGAGGUACCACCUGACCUUGUCCAAUAAGAAAUGCUUGUUUAUUUCCCCCCAUUGCAAAACCUUUUGCUAAGUUGUGCCCUAAUGUAUAUGACCAUGGACACUGGGCCUGAAGCCUGUGGCUGUGGACCACAAAGCCCAUUUCUCCAUACACCUCGACCAGCUACCCCAAUGAACUAUGAACCCUGACCUCCAAGAGAACCCUCUUAUUCUGCUACUUACUUCACAUUAUCUUUUUCCUUCUCGAACUAGUGGGCAAAUGUGUCACGGUUAAAGGGGAGGGAGGGGAAAGGCUUAAGUCUUAAAAGUUAUCGUACUGUGCCCUUGUGACCCAAUGAAAAACAAUUGUUCACAAAAAAAGUUAGCGUACUGUAAGCCUAAAAGGCCUUUAUUGGUGUAGUAAUAACGUUCACAGACACAAGCAGAAGAUGGAUGUGUAAUGUUUCUUUGUCUUGUUUCUGUGUGUGCGCGUGUUGUGUAGGACAUGUUUGUUGCUGUACAACCCUUAGAGAAUAACCUUUUAUAAACAUUGUGUGGAUGUGUAUUUUUGCAUCGUUUGUGCAAUAUGAUAUGUGACUGAUUAUUUAGACUUUUCGUUUAGCUCGUCUACAGCAGGGCUCCCCAACCCUGUUCCUGGAGAGCUACCCUCCUGUAAGUUUUCGCUCCAACCCUAAUCUAGCACACUUGAUUCUAACAAUUAGCUGGUUGAUAAGCUGAACCAGGUUAGGUACAACUGGGAUUGGAGUUAGAACCUACAGGAAGCUAGCUCUCCAGGAACAGGGUUCGAGAGCCCCGCUCUACACCUUGGGUGUAUGUUUGUGGUUAGGCAGACUAAUCUAGAAGGAUGUUGUGCUUAUUGCCUAAAAAGAGAGUGUGAUUCCAAAGGUGGGUUAGGGCUAUUUAAUUCAACUCCAACCCCUCUAGUUUAAAGUAAACUGACAAUGAAUGACUACAGAGAAAUGUUAAGUCUCCUCUCUACACUGUGUUGAGUGACAAGUGGAAUGUGGUAAAAGCAUAGAUAGACCUAUGUAAUCAGGGUAAACGCUGCUACGUCACGUCUGUCUCGUGGCCCUAGCUAGUCACGCGAGGAAGAGCUUUGAUUGAACGUCUUUAUUUGUUGAGAGGAAGCUCUUAUUUCAAGCUUACAGUUUGUGUUGAUGGUGCAGCAGUUGUAUGUCUGUAUAUCACAGGCGGUUGGUGGCACCUUAAUUGGGGAGGAUGGGCUUGUGGUAAAGGCUGGAAUGGUAUCAAACACAUGGUUUCCAUGC